AUGGACACCAAGGUGGAUACGUUGGAACAGGUGGAUCUUAUAACAUCUGAAAAUGAGAAAACAACGCACAUGGACUUGGGGACUGCACUGAAGGAAUGCUCCACUGCCUUGGAAUAUUUUCUCAACAACCGUUUUACUGAUGCCCUGUCUCUUUUAAAACCAUGGAAAGAGCAGAGCAUGUAUCAUGCCAUGGGCUACAGCAGCAUCCUGGUGAUGCAGGCAGGCAUGACCUUUGAACCCAAAGACAUGGACGCUGCCAUGACCUCUUUGAGAGACGCUUUGCAGACAUGUCAGCGUUUCAGGAAGAAAGCUGGAUUAGUCGAGACUCUUACAAGUUUUUUGUACAGACAACAGCCAUCUGACAACCUCACAGAAGAGGAGAUGCAUGCAGAGUUGUGCUAUGCUGAGGUUCUGCUCCAGAAGGCUGCGUUGACCUUUUUAGAUGAGAGUAUAAUUGGAUUCAUCAAAGGGGGCAUGCGGAUACGAAACAGUUAUCAGAUUUUUAAAGAAUGCCAAGCCAUCAUAAACGUCAGGAAUGGGGAAAAGCUGGAGAGUACACAUGUCCAUUUUAAGAGUGGCGUCAGUAUGGGCAUCGGCUCUUUUAACUUGAUGCUGUCUUUACUUCCGUCUAGAGUCCUACGACUGAUGGAGUUUUUAGGCUUUUCUGGAGACAGAGAGCUUGGUUUAUCAGAGCUGAGGGAAGGUGCGGCCAGCAACAGCCUGCGCUCCAUCCUGUGCACUCUCACCCUGAUGAUGUUUCAUCUUUACAUCACCGUUAUUCUAGGAACUGGAGAUGGCAACCUCACUGAAUCUGAAUCUUUGCUCCAACCUUAUGUCAAGAAGUUUCCAAACGGAGCUCUCAUGCUUUUUUACUCUGCCAGAAUUGCUCUUCUUAAAGGAGAUUUCACUCUAGCUCAGGAGAAGUUCUUGGCUUGCAUUGCCGCACAAGAAGAGUGGCGUCAGAUCCAUCACUUAUGCUCUUGGGAGCUCAUGUGGGCUUACUGCUUCGAACAGAACUGGAGGGAGGCGUAUCGGUACGCUGAUAUACUUUGUAAAGAGAGCAAAUGGUCACAGGCUGUCUAUACAUUUUUAAAAGCUGCAAUCUUGAGUAUGCUCCCAGAGGAGGAAGUGACUAAAAUGGGAGAGAAUGUGGAAGAAUUAUUCAGACAAGUGGAUGGAUUCAGGAUGAGAAUAGCUGGGAAGUCAAUUCCAACAGAAAAGUUUGCUGCAAAGAAAGCUGAUCGAUACAAUUCCCCUAACCCUGUGAAACUUGUUGUGCCAGCAUUGGAAAUGAUUUAUGUGUGGAAUGGAUUCACAGUAGUGGGAAAAAGACCUGAUCUCACUCAAAGCUUCCUGAGCACCUUGACCUCUGCAGAACAGGAUCUCAAAGAAUCCCAAAAUCCUUCACAAUACCACUUAGAUGACCUGUGUGUGCUCCAGCUGCUCAAAGGCCUUUGCCUCAGAGAGUUGGGACAACUAUCUCAGGCUGAGCAGUGCUUCAAUCAAGUCAUAUCAAGUGAAGGUGAAAUAAAGUUCAACAACUACCUUGUGCCAUACACCAUGUACGAAAUGGGCCUGUUGCACAAGCAGAGGGGUGACCAUGACAAGGCCAUUGAGAUAAUGGAAAAUGUCAAGGCAAACUACAAAGACUACAGUAUGGAGUCGAGGUUGCACUUCCGCAUCCAUGCUGCACUCAACACAAUGGGAACAUUUACAGCCAAACUGCCUCCUUCACCUGACUCCGCUGGGGGAGGAAGAGGAGAGAAGAUGGAAGGCAACAGGGACGAGGCGGACAAAUGCAUCAACAUCGCGACAAGGGCACUCGAUGCAGGAGACAAAGAAAAAGCUGUGAAGUUUCUCCACAAAGCAGAGAAGCUGUUUCCAACUAACAAAGCCAAAGAUUUGUUGGAUGCUUUGUUGAAGAAUGGGAGCUCGGCAGGAAAUGGCGCUUAUCGCAGGAGACCAGAUCCUCAUUCACAAAGCGCAGAUGCACAGUCAGAAAGGGAGAACCAGCCAACGGGCGGGCAGGAGUCAAAGGGCUUCACCAAGGAGCAGGUGGAGGGUGUUCAAAGGAUAAAGCGGUGUAAGGACUACUAUGACGUCCUCGGGGUCAGUAAAGAUGCCAGUGAAGAUGAGCUAAAGAGGGCUUAUAGAAAACUUGCCCUGAAGUUUCAUCCUGACAAAAAUCAUGCUCCUGGAGCCACUGACGCCUUCAAAAAGAUUGGAAACGCGUACGCCGUGCUUAGCAAUGUGGACAAGCGUCGCCAGUAUGACGUCUCUGGAGGGGAGGAGCCCAGCAGCCCCAGUCACACAAACGGCGGAGGCUUUGACUUCCACCGAGGCUUUGAAGCAGACAUCACCCCAGAGGACCUUUUCAAUAUGUUCUUUGGAGGCGGCUUUCCUUCAUCAAGUACACACACUUUUAGCAACGGCAGAUCUAGUUACAGUAAUCACACCGAUCGGCAUGAAAGAACUAAUGAACGAGGCGAUGGUGGUUUCUCCAUGUUCAUUCAGCUGAUGCCCAUUGUAGUCCUUAUUGUUGUGUCUGUGCUGAGCCAGAUGAUGGUUUCUCCUCCACCAUACAGUCUGUAUGCCCGGCCGUCAACAGGCCAAACUCUAAAACGGCAGACUGAAAACAUGCGGGUCGACUAUUAUGUCACGGAAGAUUUUAAAUCCGAGUACAAGGGAUCUGCGCUGCAUCAGAUAGAGAAAAGUGUGGAAGAGGACUACGUUUCAAAUGUUAGAAAUAAUUGCUGGAAAGAGCGACAGACAAAAACCGACCUGCUGUACGCUGCUAAGGUCUACAGAGAUGACCGCAUGCGCAAGAAGGCGGAACUUAUGACCAUGGACAACUGCAAAGAGUUAGACAGAUUAAAUAAUAUUUUUAGGGGCGGGUGA